GAUAAAAAAAUUAUGUUUAACAGAGGUGUUCUUCUAAAUGUUGGGUUCCUGGAGGCCAGCAAGGAGGAGGACUUUGACUGUUACCUUUUACACGACGUCGAUCUCCUCCCAGAAAAUGAUCACAACCUUUAUCGAUGUUCUGAAUUGCCGCGACAUAUGUCUGUAGCUGAGGACAAAUUCAACUACAAGUUACCUUACAUUUUUGGUGGGGUUUCAGCCAUGACAAAAGACCAAAUUUUAUUUGUCAAUGGAUUCUCAAACAAGUUUAGCGGCUGGGGAGCAGAGAACGACGAUUUGUAUAAUAGGCUUAUGUUUCAUAAUAUGACAAUCCUUAGAAGUAUGCCUGAUGUUUCACGAUACAUAAUGCUUAAACAUAGGCAAAGCCCACCUAAUCCCGCAAGGUUUAAACUUCUCAGUACUGGCAUGAAACGGGUUAUGCAAGACGGUAUCAAAAUCUUGAGGUAUAAGAUCCUGAAGAGAACAGAAUUUUCACUUUAUACUUACAUUAAGAUUUCAUUCUGAUUCUAGGUGCUAACACAUAUGAUAUUCUUACCUUAAAACUAAGAAACAGUCUUUUCUCAGCCACAGACGAUAAGAUAAUUUAAAUUUUCUUCAACAAAAAUUGUUGGCCUUAUAAGUAAGUGUAGAAAAUAUUGUGUAACAGUAAUUGCAUUAAUUCUUCACUACUGCAAGAAUAAUUUGUCAAUUAUUUAUCAGUGUUC